AUGGCGAGUGGUAACGACAGCUUGAAAGUCCUUGUUGUUGACGAUGAUUCCACCUGCUUAGCCAUUGUUGCAGCCUUGCUCGUGAAAAUGGAGUUUCAAGUUGUGGCUUUGAAGAACGGCAACGAUGCUAUUGAGGCCUUACGAACUCAGGGACGCUUUGAUGUCGUCAUCUCCGACGUGCAUAUGCCGGGCAUGAAUGGAUUUGAACUCCAAGAACUGAUUUUUAAACAAUUCCGCAUUCCUGUAGUUUUGAUGUCCGGUGACUAUGAAGAGGGAAUUGUGAGACAAGCAAUGCAGAAUGGAGCUAUUUCGUUCAUCAGAAAACCGGUUUCACCUAAUGAUUUGAGAGGGAUAUGGCAAUAUAUCAUUGCCCAGAAGAGGAGCAAAGCCACAACGGAACAGGUGAAUACGGAUGACCAGGAUAACGCUGUUAUUGGUGGGAGUUCUAGUGGGACACACUCAUAUUCCGGUUAUGAUACUACAUCGAAGAAGAAGAUGGUGUGGACAGAUCAAAUCCAUUUUAUAUUCUUGGAUGCCAUCUCAAGUUUGGGACCCGAAAAUGCUACGCCAAAGAAUAUAUUGAAGGCCAUGAAUGUGCCUGGAUUAACAAGAGAAAAUGUUGGCAGUCAUUUGCAGAAGUAUCGACAAUUUCUUCGUCGGAAUAUUCAAGAUCUUGAGAACGGAAACAAUGGUGGUGGUGGCAAUCAACCCAGAUUUGGAUCAAGAAAAUUCCGCAGACUUGCCAAGCUUGAAGAAACGUUUGCCCAAGGUGGACUAGGUGCCGCAUUAUCGUCGCCGACAUCGUCGGCGGCAUUGGGCCGGAGCAGUGGAGAUGCAAGAAUUCGCGGCGGCCGUGGUGGUUCACCGGAAAGAGGUCAGCAAGGUGUGCUUUUGUCGGCGGACGAUGAAUCAAUGUUUUAUCGGGGUUUGAGAAGGGGCCCGAUGAUUACUAGCCCUAAUGAGUCUUCGCCGGCGAGUUAUGAGGUGAAUCCCGGCGGUUCAAAAGAGUCCAGCCCCUAUCCUACUCUAACGGCGUUAAUGCAGAACCGUUUGGAUUCUAGCAGCAACGACGACAACGCUAACGUUUCCGGUUUCGGAAACGUUAACGUUGUUUCAGGGAACGAAGACGUGCAAGUUCCGGGUGAAGGGAAUUUUGAUAUUUAUGACGCUAUCUUGAACUUCAUCGGAGAAACUGAGGACGGCGGCGACGAAAACAUAUCCAUGUAUGGAAACAUCACCGCCGGACAAGAUAAUUCAGGCUACAACCAAAUCGGAAAUCUCUCAAUGAUUUCCUCAAUCAAGUAA